AUGAGUAAGAAUAAAAAGAAUAAAGAGUUUCAUAAUCAAGAUAAUAUGAGAAAUAUAUUUAAUGAGACAAUUAGAGAUAUAAGGAAGUUGGUAUAUCCUCAUCUAGGGAAAUUUCAAAGGCAACAAUAUGAAGAUAUACAAGCUAAAGCACUUGGAUUUAGAACUCGGAAGUCACAGAAAAUGCCCUUACCAGAAUUAUUAGCUCGCAAAAAGGCUACAAAAAAGCAUAUUGAAGCAAGAAAAGCUUUAGAAAAUGAGUUAAAUGUAUCCUUGAUGGUAGGAAAAAGUGCCAAUAUUAUGGAGGCUGAACGUUUAAAUAAGCUUGAAAAACGUGAGAAGCGUAAUAAAAGAAAAUAUUCGAAUAAUAUAAGUGGGAAAGGAGUGAGAGAGCAUAAUGGAGUGGUUCAAGUUACAAAGAAGAUGCUUAAGCAAUAUUUAAGAAAUGACAAAAUAUAA